GGACAAAAAGCAGGAUUCUAAGGACCGACUUCUUCCCGACGAGGAUGGGCUGCACCACGGGGCCCCUGGCUUGCCAGCCGCAAGAGGGGCAAUCCCUGGAAGCCGGCGGCGCCAAAGUCCCCGAGGUGCUAUCCUCCCUGGAGCGUCUCUCGCAGGCCACCGGCGGCAUGGAGAAGUCCUGGUACCGCUGCAUCUUCCCCUUCGGCAUCAUCUCCCUGGUCAUCGGCGUGGCGGGGACCGGGGUGACCUACACCUACAACGACCUGCCGCAAACCAAGGUGGUGUCGGUGGCGCUGCUCGUCACCGGGCUGCUGCUGCUGGCCAUGGCCACCGCCUGUUGGAGCGUGCACAAGAAGAAGCGGCGGAAAAAGAAGGAGGCUGGCGGCGGCGGCGGCGGCGGCGGGUCCUUCACCUCGGAGCAGUGUCCCCUGUGAUGCACAACUUGAAGGCAAAAGGUCGGGAGUUUUGACUUCCUCCUUCACGUGUGGUGUGGUAUCGCCUCGACUCGCCCGGAGGAGUUCACUCGGCUUCUGUUUAGUCUGGGGAACAUUUUGGACUCCGCCACCACGUCAGGUUUCCGGUGUCAAAACAACCUCCAAGGAGACACUCUAACUUGCACUGCACACUGCAUGCAUAAAUCACACACUCUUACACACACACACACACACACCCUCCCUACGCUAUGCAGAACAAGCCACGUCCAUCGGCGCCGCCGUCGGGCGUCACCGGACGCGUCACCCGCAGCAUUCCUCCCGCCGGGACAGGUGACUCUCGGAAGACCGCAACCCGACACUCGGCGGACCCACGUCAGCGGACGGCGUCACCGCCUCGUCCUGUGACACCGCAGCAAUGUGUCCGGGGCGGAGGGGUGGACGGGGGGGUCCUUUUUUUAUACUCCGGCAGAGUGGAACUUGAGGACCCGCGCACGAGGAGUUGUGAGCUGUGCCGAAAGGAGGACGGAGGAGUACGGACUUCUCAUGAAGAUAUUUGCACAGAAUGGCCCAGUCGGGGUCUUCAGCUAUGCUUCCCGAGUGCCUCCACUCGGCGGGAGUCGGGGCUGGGAUUACUGAAGGACACAUGCCAUAACGGGGGUGGGGGGCCCCUCCCGCUUCGUGCCUUGAGCAAGCACACAUGGAAAAAGGCUCUUGUCACAAUCGUAUGUUUCCAUGUGAACUCAUGACCUCCCUCGCCCUUGCUUUAACCCCUCGCCCAACCCACCCCCUCCAGGCCAAACUUUCUUCAUCACACCCAUCUGCAUUUUGCACUACGACUUGAUCCCUGACUAUCAUCCAAUUUCACACACUUUUUAAAGGACAGCCUGCUGGUAACGCCACUUUCCUCCUCCGGAGGCAAUAGUGAGUCACUGUAGCGUAAAUAAGCCUCAAAAAGCGAACUUGUGUUUUUUUGUUUUGUACCCAGCAUCUUAUUGCGUCACUCACUACUUAACUCUCAUGUGACCACCAUGUAGGUGAGUUCUGUAUUAGUACUACCAAGUAGCAUGCUCACACCUUUAACAACGAACCCUUUACUUUCCAUCUUAUGCUCUGUUCCAAAAAAAGAUGGAUUUUUGUUGGUGUUGUUGUGAAAUUAGACCUGGAAAGAGUAACAUGGCCACACUGAAAAGAAAAAAAACAUAAUGUUAUGCAAAAAAGUCAUAGAAUAGACAAAUUAAUAUUUAAAAGAAAAAAAAGAAUUAUUUCCUGUAUUAACCGGUACAUUUUUUCCCCGUUUUAGGAAUAUUGUGACAUUUCUCUUAAAAAAUCCACUUUGCUGUCCUAACUUUAAGACUUUUUUUUAAUUGUUUUUAUUUUCCUUUUUAAUUUUAUUUUUUCAUUAAUCAAUCCAACAAAAUAAUACACAAUAUUACCAUAAUAAUACAAACUGUUUUCACAAAAAAGUUCGUAUUUUUCAUAUUUCUCUAUAAAAAACACUUUCUUCUCCUAAUUGUACAAUUUUUUUCGUAUGUCCAUUUUUUUGUACUUGCAUUUUUCUCAAAAAAAACCUAUAUUUUACGGCAUUUUCCACAUAGAUUUUUUUCCGACUUUUAGUAAUAAGAUAUUUCUCUCCAAAAAUAACACUUCUUCCGCAUUUUUGUCACGUGACUUAUAUUUUCCUCGUAAUGAAGUUAUAUAACCAUAUUUAUCCCAACAAAUGCCACUACCGUUUCAUAACUUCACGACUAUUUUCACGUAAUUUUACAAUAUUUUUCUUCUGAUUAGAUUUUUUUUCACUUUUAGUAAUAUUAUUUUUAGUAAUAUUAACGCAUUUCUAAAAAAAAAAAACACUUGAUUUUCAUAACUUUACAACUUUUUUCACGAAACUCUUAAGUUUUUCGUGUGAUUAGAUUUUUCUUUCUUUUUAGUCUUAUGACAUUUCUCUAAAAAAUACCACUUUCUUCUCAUAAGUUUACGACAUUUUUCACGUUAUUUUACAACUUUUUUCUCGUAAUCAGAUUUUUUUUUCACUUUUAGUAUAUUACCACAUUUCUUUAAAAAAAAACCACUUCUCAUAACUUUAUGACCUUUUUUUCACAAAAUGUUUAUUUUUUACUUUUAGUAAUAUUACCACAUAACCCCUCGCCCAACCCACCCCCUCCAGGCCAAACUUUCUUCAUCACACCCAUCUGCAUUUUGCACUACGACUUGAUCCCUGACUAUCAUCCAAUUUCACACACUUUUUAAAGGACAGCCUGCUGGUAACGCCACUUUCCUCCUCCGGAGGCAAUAGUGAGUCACUGUAGCGUAAAUAAGCCUCAGAUAGCGAACUUGUAUUUUUUUGUUUUGUACCCAGCAUCUUAUUCACUCUCAUGUGACCACCAUGUAGGUGAGUUCUAUAUUAGUACUACCAAGUAGCAUGCUCACACCUUUAACAACGAACCCUUUACUUUCCAUCUUAUGCUCUGUUCCAAAAAAAGAUGGAUUUUUGUUGUUGUUGUCGUGACAUGGACAGAAAUUAGAUCUGGAAAGAGUAACAUGGCCACACUGAAAAGAAAAAAAACCUAAUGUUAUGCAAAAAAGUCAUAGAAUAGACAAAUUAAUAUUAAAAAAAAAAAAAAGAAUUAUUUCCUGUAUUAACCGGUACAUUUUUUCCCAGUUUUAGGAAUAUUGUGACAUUUCUCUUAAAAAAUCCACUUUGCUGUCCUAACUUUAAGACUUUUUUUUAAUUGUUUUUAUUUUCCUUUUUAUUUUAUUUUUUCAUUAAUCAAUCCAACAAAAUAAUACACAAUAUUACCAUAAUAAUACAAACUGUUUUCACAAAAAAGUUCGUAUUUUUCAUAUUUCUCUAUAAAAAACACUUUCUUCUCCUAA